CCGAAGCAAGUGCAGAAAAAAGCGCCCGUGACCAACGUUUUUGGAAUUCCGCAAUGUCCACUACCUGUGACAUUAAGUUCGAUGAGAAUCCGUACGGUGUGUACUUUCCCGGUCAAACAUUGUCCGGCAGUGUGGAAAUUCGAUUGGCGGAACUGACCAAAGUCAAAGGUAUUGCUCUACGAAUCAAUGGUGCGGCAGAGGUAAAAUGGUCCGAAACUACCGGGACGGGUAAGAACCGACGAACCAUUCACUACCACGGUCGUCAGGACUACAUGCAUUCCACUACCUACCUAACCGGGUCCAAGGAGGGUAACACAAUCGAACUGUUGCCCGGUAUUCAUACAUAUCGAUUUUCCUGUGUGCUUCCACCAAAUCUGGUAACUUCACUAGAAGCCGAACAUGGUCACGUGCGAUACACGGUGAAGGUGAUUCUCGAGCGUUCCUGGAAGCUCGAUCACUCGUACAAGGUGGCAUUCACUGUUCUGCGCCACGUGAACCUGAACGACGAGUAUGAUGUACGCCUACCUAUCAAAAUGGAUAAGGCGAAAACUUUCUGUUGUGGUCCUUGUAGUUCGGAUCCUAUGCACAUAUCCGCACAGGUACCUAUAUCCGGUUACGUUCCCGGCCAAACCAUAGCAGUGAAAAUCGAUGUUAACAAUCAAAGCCAGAAAAACCUAGAUGAGAUAUCUACCAAACUGAUACGAAUAGUGUCCUUCAUUAGCCAAACGCCAUACUGCAAGGUGAAGGAUGUACCCUCAAUAAUAGCAGAAAGACGUUGCGCCGGAGUUAACAGACUUAGUGAAGCAAGCUACGAACAGCACUUACUCGUACCUCCGCUGCCACCGUCAAGCAGGACAUGCCAAGUGUUAACCAUUAACUACUGUAUAGAGGUUGAGGGUAAAAUUAGAGGUCUAGCGAUAAAUCCGAAGAUCAAAAUUCCAAUCACCUUGGGAACGAUUCCACUAUCGAUGAAUGCGAUUCCCACGCUAGCGAACACGAUGAACAUAGUUAUUCAACAGCAACUACCAAAUAUGUCGAUGAAUAACUCCAACCCGAAUCCCACCUUUCCGACUGAACUCCCACCACCCACGUACGAAGAAGUGGUUAAUGCUACCCGUAUCAACAUUCAGGACGAAGGAGAAUCUAACGAAAUUGGUUGGAGAGACUUUACGCCUCGUUAUAUGGUCUACAGGUUCAAUGAUGCUGGUGUACCAGAACAAGGACCACCUCCUCCAUCACCUACGACGGAAGUGACUGAGUCUGCUUCGAAUGCUGUCUAUAAAAAAUCUUAUCCAGACAAGUGAACUUUUUGUGAUAAUGGUUCGGUUUUUCUAAAUAAAUCUUAUUUGAAAAUA